CUUAACUCUCAUACGCUGAAACAUCAAGAUGAAGACCAUAAUUCUAUGCACACUUUUGAUGACAACAUGCUUAUUUUUGGAAGUACGAGGAAAUUGCCAGUACGAGGGUCAUAAUCUUACCCCGGGACAACAUCACGUAAAUUGCCAGCAAAUUACGUGUAACCCAGACGGUACUAUACAAGGAGUAUCGUGCCCGGCAUGGAUGUGCGGGGGAAAAUCACUUGGAUACCGAGAACUGGAUCUAAGCAAACCCUACCCAGAGUGUUGUCCGGGACCUAUAUGUGGAGGAACAAAUGAUUGAUAUAAAAAAAAAAAGAUCGUUAACAUCGGACAAUGUUACUCAUAAGAUACCGUUAAAUAUGAACUGUAACCUGUGAAACAAUGUAGUACUUACUUGAUAUUACGUGACUAAAAAUAAAUACAACUGGGAGAAAAUGUUGAUCGAAUAUAUACGAACGAGAUACUAGCUUAAGAUGAAAUGCUCGUAAACUAAAGGAGCUCGCCUUGGAGCUCGCGCAUAUACUCGAUACAAUCACUGCAACGCAAUGAAGGAUGACUAAUGUUUGGAUCAUCAAUUCAAUGACAUUUCGUGUGCUUGGCACGCUCAUUCGUUCUUAUACGUAUAAAGUAACGAAGACAAUGUGAAUUUUUAUC